AUGCUCGAAGGCGUGGUUGCAAACCUGCUCAACAGGUUUUUGGGCAUGUACGUCAAGAACUUCGAUGCAAAACAACUUAAUAUAGGCAUUUGGUCAGGCGAUGUCAAGCUUCAUAACCUCGAAUUGCGUCGCGAGGCACUCGACCAACUUCACCUACCUCUCAACGUCGUGGAAGGCCACCUUGGCCAGCUGACUUUAUCUAUCCCGUGGUCGAAUUUGCGAGGAAAGCCGGUUAGGGUGGAUAUCGAAGAUGUUUUCCUUCUUGCAGCACCUAGAGAAAAUAGUGACUACAACCCAGAGGAAGAAGAGAGGAGGGCCCAUGUCAUCAAGAUUGAUAAACUAGAAAGCGCAGAGAUCCUUCGCGAGCGUAACACAGAUGGCAUGUCGCAAGAGGAACAGAGGCGCAACCAGAGCUUCACAGAAAGCUUCAUGACUGCCAUUGUCGACAAUCUUCAAAUUUCCAUCAAGAAUGUUCAUGUCCGAUACGAAGAUUCUAUCGCCUCUCCCGGCCAUCCGUUUGCCGUUGGUAUUACAUUGAAGGAACUUAGUGCAGUAAGCACCGACUCAGCCUGGCGCCCGACUUUCAUCCAAUCUACGUCGGGAAAUACACACAAACUGGCGGUCCUUGGCGCUCUCGCUGUCUAUUGGAACACCGACACUGAAUUAAUGGGGACUGGCAGUGGCGCUGAUUUCGGCGCACAAGCACAGGGCAUAGAACAUGGCGAGCUCAUGUCAAGACUCAAACAAGGCAUCGACCUUGACGAAAAUAACCAGUACAUUCUUCGCCCUGUCAGUGGGCGUGCUGGUCUCGAAAUGGACAAAACAGGGAAGCUCGAUCGACCAAGGAUGAAAACACGACUUCUGUUCAACGAACUAGGCUUUGUUUUAGACAGUGACCAAUACCGAGACACGCUAAUGCUUGUGGAUCUAUUUCACUAUUUCUUACGCCAUCAGGAAUAUAAGAAACUUCAACCCUCGACAACUCCGAAAGAGGAUCCGCGAGCCUGGUUUCGCUUUGCGGGAAAUGCAAUAUUGUCAAAGAUCCAUGACAGGAAUCGACGCUGGACCUGGGCAUAUAUUAAAGAGCGAAGAGACGACCGACUUUCAUAUAUUGAUCUUUUCAAAAAGAGGAAAAGGGAGGAAGCACUUUCGCCUGAUCAAUCCACCGAGUUGGAUGCAUUGGAAAGAAAAUACACAUACGAAGAUCUCCGGUUCUGGCGAUCUUUAGCCCGGAACCAAUUAAGAAAAGAGAAUGUGGGAGUCAAGAAGCCUCAACAGACGCAAACAUGGGGCGAAUGGGUAUGGGGCUCUAAGAAAGCAGAGGAUGAACCGGAAGCAAUGACAGAAGAGCAACGCCAAGAGCUAUACAAUGCUAUUGACUGGGAUGAGAAAAAGGCUUUGGCUGAGAGUGUCGAUCUCCCUCGGGAAUCUGUCAAAUUACAAGUCAAUUCGAGCCUUAGAGCUGGUAGUUUGACCUUGAAGCGUGAUCCGCAUGGAGAAGCAACCGAAGUUAUGAAGCUAGUUUUCGACAACUUCAAAGCAAAAGCACUACAACGGCCCGAUUCGUUUUUCCUUGCCUUGGAUCUCGGAGGUUUAAGAGUUUAUGAUGGAACCACCAAAGGCAGCAUCUUCCCUCAGAUCGUGCGUGUCAAAGACGCAGGGGACCAUGAUGGUGAUGCGGAUUCGAUUAAAUCACAAAAUCUUGACGCCGAAGAGGAUUCAGAUGAAACAGUAGUAGAAAACAGCCUGUUCCAUCUUCAACUUGAGCAGAACCCCCUUGAAAGCGACGCCGAUACUGCCGUUAAAGUGAGGCUAAAGAGUUUCGAAGUUAUUUAUAACCCGACGUUUGUUGUCGAGGUUGCACGUUUCUUCAAACCCCCAGAAAGGCACAUGGAAUCACUUGGGGCUCUUCUUGAUUCUGCCGGUGCUACUGUCCAAGAGAUCAGACAGCAGACCCGGGCUGGACUGGAGUAUGCCCUUCAGGAACACAAAAAAGUAGAUGCUCAAUUCGAUCUACAGGCACCCCUUAUCAUCGUCCCUGAGAGUAUCACAAAGGAAAGUUCAUUAUGCUUAAUCCUGGACGCCGGUCAUAUCAGCGUCAACAGCGAGCUAGUGAACCGAGAAACAAUGACGGAUUUGCAAUCGAAACAAAAACGGCAAUACGACGAAGAAGAUUAUCGUCAUCUCGAGGAUCUUCUUUACGACAAGUUCUUAAUCAAACUCGACUCGACUCAGGUGCUCAUAGGUCCUGGAAUUGAAGCUACCAAGUCACAGCUUAGCACCAACGACCCUACGAAAGACCUCCACAUCAUUGAUCGAAUAAAUGUUGAUUUUGUCCUCGAGUUUUGUAUUGUUCCCAAAUCUACAGACUUAACGAGGACUCGGGUUUCGGGUCAUUUACCGGAAUUGCAUGCCUCUAUGUCUGAUAAAAAGUACAAGAACCUGAUGAAGCUCAUCGAUAUAUCUAUACCCAGGUUUGAAGAAGCAACCGAUCAGCCGCCUUCUAAGCGCAUAACCCCUGCCGACAAUGCUCCUGAUAAAGCUGCUCCGAACAGGGCACGAUCAGCCUCAUUCCAGCCAUCUACUGCCCGAGAAAUUCCUUUGGUUGACGACGAAUCUGAUACGGAAGAUUCAGACAAGGUUACAGUCACAGACAACAAAGAACAGACGGUUGCCUUACAUCAACGCGACUUUGAGUUCAAAUUUACAGUGGGCACGUUGCGUGGUUCUCUGUUUAAAGCAGAUCCAAAAGAAGAAAAGCCAGAUCAACUGCUUGUCGAACUAAUCGCCGAAGGUUUUCAAUUGGAUUAUUAUUUGAGACCAUUCGACAUGGUAGCUGAAGUGACACUCAAGUCUCUUAGCGUAGACGAUUAUAUCGAAGAAAACCCAGCCCCAGAGUUCAAACAGAUCAUCUCAUCCAAAGGUUUUAAUGCCGAAGAAGAUAAGGACUUGUUCAAUCUCAAAUUCAUCCGUGUCAAACCCGAAUCCCCUGAAUUUAAAUCGACAUACGAGGAAGUUAACACGAACCUUGACAUCGCAGUGUCAACCAUCAACGUGGUUGUCACAAGGCGGACACUCCUGACGCUCCUGGACUUUGUCUUGAUCACCUUUACUAACCCUAAUCAACCCAAAGAAUUGGACCAGAGGGAAGAGAGCGCCAUCAAAGAUGUGGAGGAGGAGACGCCACAAGAAGUUGGGAAAAUUCGGAUCAAAUCGAACUUGAAGAGUAUAGCGUUAAUUCUCAAUAAUGAUGGAGUUAGACUUGCAACUCUGAGUCUCAAUACUGCCGACGUUGGUAUCUUCUUGGUCGGCAAGGCAAUGCAAAUACAGUCCAGAAUUGGAAGUUUGACAUUAAUCGACGAUGUGAAUGUCGGGGCAUCUGCAGAUUCAUCUCUUCGAAGGCUUCUCACUAUCGAGGGCGAGGAUUUUGCUGAUUUUAGAUAUCAGACAUUUGAUCCCGAGUCUUCAGAAUACCCCGGCUAUGAUUCAGAAGUGUUUUUGAGAUCAGGAUCGAUCAAGAUCCAAUUCUUAGAAGAACCGUAUCGGAAGAUUGUCAACUUCUUGGUGAAGUUCGGAAAAAUGCAGGCAAUUUUCAAUGCGGCGAGACAAGCAGCAGCCAACCAAGCAAAUCAAUUACAGGAGAACGCAUCGCGCAUGAGAUUAGACAUCGUUGUCCGAACACCUAUCGUUGUCUUCCCCAAACCUCUGGUAGAUAAUAGGCCACGAGACUCUAUCACCGCCGAGCUGGGUGAAAUUUACGCAAGCAAUACAUUUGUCCCCCUUGACGACCGUAAAGAUAGCCCGGCUGUCAACGUGAUCACCACUGGGAUUCGAAAUAUUCGUCUUAUAUCCGACUUCCACUUUGAAGAUGGGACACACGAACAGCUAGAGAUGAUACAGAAGGUCAAUCUUGACUUCAGCAUAUGCUAUCUUGAACACCAACAAGACCAGCCUCGUCCGGACAUCGAAGUGGAGGGCACAAUGUCUCCGAUCAAGCUUCGAAUAUCGCAAGCACAAUUCAAAUUCCUGCUAGAUAUUACAAAGACAGUGCCUACAGUGUUGACACCAGACAGCAAACAACAAGAGCUCGAAGCAAUGAAGUCUCUUCCUACGACAAGCACAGAACCCGUGACGCAGGAAUCCGGAAUCCAGACAGGACUUAAAAAGACGAUCCAAAGUCCUGAGAUCGAGAAAGACAAGGAAACUUGGGUUAAACUUGACAUGAUUUUCAAAGUCGAUAGCAUUGGCUUAGAGCUCCUCUUAGCCAAGGAGAAUAAGCCUGUUGGCCAGGUCGAGGAGGCAAGCUUAUCCAAAUUCUCGUUGAAUGAUACGAGGGUGAAACUGCGUAUGCUGAGUGAUGGAGCUCUGGAGUCGGAACUGUUAAUCCACUCUUUCUCUAUCAGGGAUAGCCGAUCACAGGAGACGAACAAGUUCAGAAAAAUCAUGUCUCUCAUCAAUACCGAUGUCCAGCAACAAUUUAUGGCCAGCGUCUCAAUGUCACCUGGGCCCAACAGACAUGUGAUUGCUAUGCUCACCAUUGACAGCCCGCGUAUAAUCCUUGCUUUUGACUACCUAAUCGCCUUGCAGUCUUUUGCAAGCGAGGCCUUCGCACAAGAAGCAGCACACGAAAUUGAGGAAGAUGUUGAAACACCAGAAGAACCAGAAACUGCUUCUAGUGCUUCGGGUGGCUACACAGCCACUGUCGGCCAAGUUCACGGCCCGGCUGCUGAGAAAGGCCAAAUGACUUUCUCAUUCAGAGCGGACAUUGUCGAUGCGCAAGUUAUCAUGAUCGCCAAUCCUACAAUCUCAAACACGGAAGCAAUUGUCCUAGGGACAAAACAAGUACUCUUCUCACACCAGAAUGUUUCCACACUUCAGAUCAAUAAAGUGGGCAUGUUCCUGUGCCGAAUGGACAAGUUUGAAACAAGCAGACUGCGAAUCCUUGACGACUUCACUCUAGAGUUGUCUAUUGACAGUCGCCCGCAGGACAAAGGAUCAGCUCUGACAAGCAUUGAUGUUCACGUGGAGCCUCUCGUUUUACGACUGUCAUUGCGUGAUAUUCUUCUCGCAACACAGAUCAUGAAUAAGGUUUCUGAAAUGCGAACAGGGCCGCCUGAAGAGGAAGGCAUUGAUGAACCGAAGAGGAUUAAGGAAGUCACGGGUGAAACCACAAAGUCCAAGAGACGCUCUAGUAAUCGGGGAAGGUCUUCAUCGGGCGUAACAGGGUCCAAAGCAGGUGGAAAUUUAAUUCCAGAGCAACGGCUCGAACCACAGCAGGUAGCAGUGAUCAAAAAGGAGGAACUUGGGGCGCAAAUAGAUGGCAUUAGAGUCAUUCUCAUUGGCGAUUUGCACGAAUUGCCCUUGCUCGACUGGAGCGUCAAGAAGUUUAAUGUCGAUGUACGGGACUGGUCCUCGACAUUAAAUGCUGAUACCACAUUUGAUACCUUUGUCAACGUGUACAACUUUUCAAAAUCAGCCUGGGAGCCGCUCGUUGAACCAUGGCAACUAGGGUUCCAUAUGGCAAAGGAAAUCAACCCCGACGUCUUGUCUAUUGAUGCCUAUUCGCACAAAAAUAUGGAAUUGACUAUUACUUCCGCGACUAUUGCUCUCGCCUCGAAGUCGUUCCAAUUCUUGAAGACCGACGAAGACGUGCUGUCUAAGCCCAGAGGUGCUGAUGCACCGUAUAAAAUCCGCAAUUACACUGGGUUUGACCUUCGAGUAUGGGCGGAUGUCGGUGCUGAAGAGAAUGGACCAGCUGCCAAACUCAGUGACGGAGAAGAAUGCCCUUGGCGUUUCGAAGACCCGACUACCAUGCGUGAAAACCUCACUCCCGAGGGCAACGCAGGCCUGGUUGGGGUUAAGCUUGACGGGAGUGGCUUCGACAGUAUCAGUCAUAUACCAGUUAUCAGGGAGGGAGAGACAUUGUUCAACCUCAAGCCCAAGAAAGACAAAGUGCUACACAAGCUGCUUGUCGAUGUGAAACUGGGAACCGACAAUGUAAAAUACGUUACCUUCCGCUCUCCUCUGCAGCUGGAAAACAACACCCAGAUUCCUGUUGAAAUGGGCAUAUUCAGCCCUGACGAUGGCCAUCUUCUCAAGAUUGAAAAGAUCCUACCAGGCGAUGCUCGUCCUGCACCAGUUGGCUCUGCAUAUCUGCAUCAAGUCGUUGUGCGCCCAGACCAAGGGUUUGGGUACGAUUGGUCGAACGAGCAAUUGUAUUGGAAGGAUCUAUUGCGCCGUCCGACAAGAACAAUCACUUGUGCGAGUGAAAGUGGGCAGCAAUCGCCACCAUUCUACUUUCAAUUGAAUGCUUCAUAUGACAAAAGAGAUCCUAUCAUCAAUGUUUACCCGCAUAUGAAAAUCCGGAUAUCCGCUCCGGUUGAAAUUCAGAACCUGUUGCCCUACGAUUUCAAGUAUCGUAUAUAUGACAAAAAUACCCGCAAAGACUGGACGAAUUUCUUGAGAAAAGGCGGAGUUAGCCCGGUGCAUGUCGUGGAGCUGUCUCACCUGUUACUACUCAGCAUUGACAUGCAGGACUCAGUCUUUAGACAGAGCGAAUUCGCUAUUAUUAAUGGCAGCGCUCAAGACUUCAGGCGUGAAGAAAGUCUCUCGCUGAAAGACGAGAACGGUGUACAACUGAAACUGAAACUACACUACUUCAAUGUCCCUGAUAGCGGGGGUGCUUUCAAAGUUAGCGUUUAUAGUCCAUAUUUGGUCCUGAACAAAACAGGUCUGAGCAUGGAAAUUCAAAGCAAAGCCUUUAUGCAGUCUGCAAGGUCUGCAGCUGGACAAGGAAUUAACGCCGAUGCAAGUGCAGGCCACGCGAAGCCUUACAUGUUCUCCUAUCCUACGGACGACCAGAAAAACCGAUCCAUCAUACGAAUUGGUGAUUCCCAGUGGAGUAAACCGCAGAGUUUCGACGCCAUUGGCAGUACCUUUGAGGUUGUUGUUCCGGCUAAAACGUCCCGAGCUGAAUUCCAUGCGGGAGUGUCAGUUAUCGAGGGCGAAGGCAAAUACAAGUUGACAAGAGUUGUCACCAUUACGCCUCGCUUUAUUCUCAAUAACAAGCUGAGCGAAGAUCUUCAGGUUAGGGAGCCCGGAACCUCUAAUGUUGUGACAAUGAAAGGAGGAGAUCUUGUUCCUCUUCAUUUCCUUCGCCAGGUUCCAGAGAAACAACUGUGUUUGUGUUUCCCAGGUGUCAACAACCAGUGGUCAUCUCCUUUCAACAUUGCGGACGUGGGAACAGCCCAUAUAAAGCUAGCCAAAGCUUCUCAACGCCAGAGACUUAUCAAAGCAGAGGUUGUGACAGAAAAUGCAACUAUAUUCAUUCAUUUCAGCAUGGAAACCAGGCAUUGGCCUUUCUCUAUGAGAAAUGAAAGUGACAUGGAGUUCAUUUUCUAUCAGUCAAACCCCAACGUCGAGGAAGAAGAAUAUGAUGAUUCGAAUAGCGGUUGGCGACCGAUACGUUACCGCCUGCCCCCUCGUUCCAUCAUGCCAUACGCCUGGGAUUAUCCUGCUGCAAAGACCAAAUCUCUUGUGCUGAAUUGCAAUGGAAAGGAAAGGCAUAUAAGAUUAGCUGAGAUUGGAAACCUUAUUCCGAUGCGAGUUCCCGUGCAGCCUAAUUCAAGCAGCCAAAAAAUCGUCGAUAUCAACAUUGUCGCCGAGGGACCUACGCAGACGCUUGCUCUUUCCAACUUCAAACCGUCUAAGAGUAUAUACAGACAACAAAAAGAACAAACAUCGCAAACUAGUCUUGCGACAGGUUUCGAAGUCAAAGUGGAAAACUCCGAUAUCACCUUCAAAGCACAGCUACGCCUAGGUGGCGUGGGUAUAUCAUUGAUUAACCAGACUAUGAAAGAGCUGCUAUACUGCACAUUCCGUGAAAUUGAGAUCAAACUGAACGAGUCCAAGGUUUAUCAAACACUAGACACCACUGUCAAGUGGAUUCAAAUUGAUAACCAGCUUUAUGGAGGAAUUUUCCCCAUUCUCCUUUAUCCUAGUGUGGUUCCUAAAACUGGAAAAGAAAUGGAAGCGCAUCCCAUCUUCCACGUCAUGGUCACAAGGGUUAAGGAUGAUUCAUACGGUGUGCUCUACAUUAAGUAUGCCACCUUGCUUUUGCAGCAGAUGACUUUGGAACUCGAUGAAGAUUUUGUUUUUGCUAUGCUCGACUUUGCUAAAGUUCCUGGCGCCUCGUGGUCAAUUGAACAAGAAGGCAAGCUCUGCGAUGAGAAUCUAGAUAUUCCUGAGCCAAGAUACGACGAAGUCACGCAAGACGUUUACUUCGAAUUGCUGCACUUGCAACCUAUGCAGGUGGAUAUCUCCUUUAUGCGAACAGAGCGGGUGAAUGCCGAAGACAAACUACAGCCAUCUAACCCGUUCAUGUUCUUUGUCAACGUUAUGACGAUGUCUAUUGGAAACGUCAAUGAUGCCCCAGUUAGGCUGAAUGCUCUCAUACUAGAAAACGCCCGAGUCUCGGUUCCUCUGCUCAUUACGAAUGUUAGGAAACAUUAUACGCAGGAAUUCCUUCGUCAAGUGCAUGUUGUCCUGGGAUCAGCGGACUUUUUAGGAAACCCGGUGGGCUUGUUCAACACUGUCAGCUCUGGUGUGGCAGAUAUUUUCUACGAACCAUAUCAAGGGUUAGUCACAGAUCGACCUCAAGACUUGGGUUACGGAAUUGCCAAAGGUGCCGGUAGCUUCGUUAAGAAGUCAGUGUUUGGAUUUUCGGACAGUAUGGCAAAGAUCACUGGAAGUAUGUCCAAGGGUCUUGCUGCUGCUACACUCGAUAAGGAAUUCCAAGACCAAAGACGGAUGUCAAAGGCACGUAACCGACCAAAGCAUGCUCUGUACGGUGUGACUUCUGGUGGCGAUGCAUUUGCUAGGAGUUUAGCUAGUGGAAUAGGUGGCCUUGCCCGCCACCCGCUACAGGGUGCAGAAAAGGGAGGCUUCGGGGGGUUCAUGAAAGGUGUUGGAGUAGGUAUGCUUGGGGCUGUUACGAAGCCGGCAAUCGGAGCGUUUGACCUUGCAUCCAAUCUCGCUGAGGGAGUGCGAAAUACUACUACGGUGUUUGAUGCAGAUGGUCUGGACCGUGUACGCCUCACUCGGUUUAUUGGCAUGGAUGGCAUCGUACGUCCUUACUCACAACGCGAGGCCCUCGGGCAAUUCUGGCUCAAGACUACAGACGAUGGCAAAUUCUUCAAGGAGGACUACAUUGCACAUCUUGAGCUGCCUGGUCGAGAUAUGAUUGUCCUGUUGACUUACGACCGUAUAAUGCUUGUGCGGUCUAACAAGCUUCGCUUUGAAUGGGAAAUCAAGCUCACCGACAUCCAAACAAUCUCCAAAGAACGAACCGGAAUGAGCAUCACACUUAAAGGCGGUGCAAAUGGGCCAUUCAUUCCCGUGCAAGAUGAAAGUGGACGAAAUUGGCUAUACAAACAAAUUGCUAUAGCGGUGAAUGCCUUUAAUGAGAAGUAUAAUGCAAAGGGUUGA